AUGAGCACCAAUAUCUGUGCGAACUGUCGUACCACGAAGACGCCGUUGUGGCGACGAAUUCCAGAUGGCUCCCUUACCUGCAACGCCUGUGGACUCUACUACAAGGCGAAUAAUGCGCAUCGGCCUAUAGACAUGAAAAAACCACCGAGUUUAAUACCUUUGGCACCCAACGCAGCAGAAGAGGGCUCGUGCAAAGGAGACGGCCACUGUAACGGUACCGGGGGUUCGGGAUCUUGUCAGAACUGUCCCUCGUUCAACAACCGAAUACUCUUCUCCAAGGAUGAGGAUAGACAGAAACAGCACGUGACCAAGCUGGAGCAAGACAGCCCAUUUUUAGUGGCCUGCACGAACUGUGGUACCACGGUGACGCCGCUCUGGCGCCGUGACGAGGCCGGCAACACUAUAUGCAAUGCAUGUGGACUGUACUACAAGCUGCAUGGAGCCCAUCGGCCUGUCAAACUUAAAAAAAGCACCAUACGGCGUCGCAAAAAGACGGCCACAACUAUGGCGUCGCCAUAUCCACAGCGCUCGAACGGCACCAGAUCGGAGAGCCCACCGCCCAGCAGCUCUGCUUCGAGGCCUAUUGCGAUCAAUUUUACCGCCAGCUUUGCUCGCCCAAAAUCAACCCCAACCUCCAUGAGCAUCACUUCGCUGCUUACUGAGGAUAAGCCUAUAAACUAG